UUCUCUCGGACCUUUUCUUGAUCUCACCUAUAAAUUCCCAAAUGCCAUCUUCAGAAACCCAUCUGAAAUUUCAACUGCAAACGAAAAGCAAGAACAAACCCACAAAUUUUCAACGAAAAAGACAAUAUUCUGUGUGAUCUGUAAACUGUUUUCAAAGCUUUUUUCAGUUCAUCAAUGGCUGCCAAGCAAGAAAAGGCAAUCGGAAUAGACCUUGGUACAACCUACAGUUGUGUCGGUGUGUGGCAGAACGACCGUGUGGAGAUCAUUCCCAACGACCAAGGCAACCGCACCACCCCUUCUUAUGUCGCCUUCACUGAUACUGAACGUCUGAUCGGCGAUGCCGCCAAGAACCAGGUUGCCAUGAACCCACAAAACACCGUCUUCGACGCUAAACGUUUGAUUGGCCGGCGCUUCACUGAUCCUUCGGUUCAAAGCGACAUGAAGCUGUGGCCGUUUAAAGUUAUCUCCGGCCCUGGUGAUAAACCGAUGAUUGUUGUUAGUUAUAAAGGAGAAGAGAAGCAGUUUGCUCCAGAGGAGAUCUCGUCUAUGGUGUUGGUGAAGAUGAAGGAGACGGCGGAGGCUUUUUUAUCUCAACCGAUUAAGAACGCCGUCGUGACUGUUCCAGCGUAUUUCAAUGAUUCGCAGAGGCAAGCUACGAAGGACGCUGGAGCAAUUUCUGGGAUGAAUGUUAUGAGGAUUAUCAACGAGCCGACGGCGGCGGCGAUUGCGUAUGGAUUGGACAAAAAAUCGCAACGGAGAGGUGAGCAGAAUGUUUUGAUUUUUGAUUUGGGUGGUGGAACGUUUGAUGUGUCGUUGUUGACGAUCGAAGAAGGGAUUUUCGAAGUGAAGUCCACCGCCGGAGACACCCAUUUGGGCGGAGAAGACUUUGAUAAUCGUCUGGUGAAUCAUUUCGUGACGGAGUUUCGAAGGAAGCACAAGAAGGAUAUCAGUGGCAACGCUAGGGCGUUGCGGCGGCUGAGGACGGCGUGUGAGCGGGCGAAGAGGACGUUAUCGUCGUCCUCACAGACCACCAUAGAAGUUGAUUCUCUGUUUGAGGGAAUUGAUUUCUAUGCGACCAUCACUCGAGCUAGAUUUGAAGAAUUAUGCAUGGAUAUGUUCAGGAAAUGUAUGGAUCCUGUUGAGAAAUGUUUGAAUGAUGCAAAAAUCGAUAAGGCUUCCGUUCAUGAGGUGGUUCUCGUCGGUGGCUCCACCAGAAUCCCAAAAGUGCAGCAACUUCUUGUCGAUUUUUUCAACGGGAAGGAGCUUUGCAAGAGCAUAAACCCGGAUGAAGCGGUGGCGUACGGCGCAGCUGUACAGGCGGCGAUUCUCACCGGAGAAGGAGACGAGAAAGUCCAAGACCUCCUCCUCCUCGACGUCACCCCUUUGAGCCUCGGCCUAGAAACCGCAGGCGGUGUCAUGACUGUUUUAAUCCCGAGAAACACUACCAUUCCGACGAAGAAGGAGCAGAUUUUCUCGACGUAUUCAGAUAAUCAGCCGGGUGUUUUGAUCCAGGUCUACGAAGGAGAACGAGCAAGAACCAGAGAUAACAACCUCCUCGGAAAAUUCGAGCUGACCGGAAUCCCUCCUGCUCCGAGAGGCGUUCCACAGAUCAACGUGGCCUUCGAUAUCGACGCAAAUGGGAUAUUGAAUGUUUCGGCGGAGGACAAAACCGCGGGAGUGAAGAACAAGAUCACGAUCACAAAUGAUAAAGGGAGAUUAAGCAAAGAUGAGAUCGAAAGGCUGGUUCAGGAAGCAGAGCGGUACAAGGCGGAGGAUGAAGAGGUGAAAAAGAAGGUGGAGGCGAGAAAUGCGGUGGAGAAUUACGCAUACAACAUGAGGAAUACGGUGAGGGAUGAGAAGUUUGCGGCGAAGUUGGAGGCGGAGGAGAAGAAGAAGAUCGAGAAGGCGGUGGAGGAAGGGUUGGAGUGGCUGGAGAAGAAUCAGCUGGCGGAGGUGGAUGAACUAGAGGAUAAAUUGAAGGAACUGGAAGGAGUUUGCAACCCCAUCAUCGGGAAGAUGUAUCAAGGGGGUGAAGGGCCGAUGGGUGAAGACGGUGGUGCUGCUGGACCCAAGAUCGAAGAAGUUGAUUAAGUUGAAGCGUUUAGUGUUUGUGGUCUGUUGUAAUUCUAAAUAAAAAAUAAUUAGAAAUAGUUAGUUGAGUUGGUACUGUUCUUCUCCUUUUGUA